AAAUGGCCGGCUUGGUGGGCGGUCGCGGGAUGCCCCUGCGCUGACCGCCCCAGGCCCGCGCUCGCCGGCGUAGACGCGCCGGGCCGACCCCGCGCCACCAUGUAAACGACACCCGCAGGCGGACGCUGGCUUCUCUGCCCGGGACCCCUCCGCCCCGCCCCGGAGCCCUCGAUGAGGACACACCAUGCUGACCGGGGUGACCGACGGUUUCUUCUGCUGCCUACUGGGCACGCCCCCUAACGCUGUGGGGCCCCUGGAAAGCGUCGAGUCCAGCGAUGGCUACACCUUUGUGGAGGUCAAACCUGGCCGUGUGCUGCGGGUGAAGCACGCUGGACCCGCCCUUGCUCCCACUCCACCUCCACCACCGCCUCUGGAUGCUGCCCAGGGGGACAGGUCCGGCUUGGUCCGCUGCCAGCGCCGGAUCACUGUGUACCGCAGCGGGCGCUUGCUGGUGGAGAACCUGGGCCGGGCGCCGAGAGCUGACCUCCUGCAUGGGCAGAAUGGCUCUGGGGAGCCACCGGCCGCCCUGGAGGUAGAGCUGGCCGAUCCGGCAGGCAGCGAUGGCCGCUCGAACCCAGGCAGCGCGGGUAGUGGCAGCGGCGGGCGGAGGCGGCGAGCCAGACGCCCGAAGAGGACCAUCCACAUUGACUGUGAGAAGCGCAUCACUAGCUGCAAGGGCGCCCAGGCGGACGUGGUACUGUUUUUCAUCCAUGGUGUCGGUGGCUCCCUGGCCAUCUGGAAGGAGCAACUGGACUUCUUUGUGCGGCUAGGCUAUGAGGUGGUGGCACCUGACCUGGCUGGCCACGGGGCCAGCUCUGCGCCUCAGGUAGCUGCAGCCUACACCUUCUAUGCACUGGCUGAGGACAUGCGAGCCAUCUUCAAGCGCUAUGCAAAGAAGCGAAACGUGCUCAUUGGACAUUCCUAUGGGGUGUCCUUCUGCACAUUCCUGGCACAUGAGUACCCUGACCUGGUGCACAAGGUGAUCAUGAUCAAUGGCGGGGGCCCCACCGCCCUGGAGCCCAGCAUCUGCUCCAUCUUCAAUAUGCCCACGUGUGUCCUGCACUGCUUGUCGCCCUGCCUGGCCUGGAGCUUCCUCAAGGCCGGCUUUGCCCGCCAAGGAGCCAAAGAGAAGCAGCUGCUGAAGGAAGGCAACGCGUUCAACGUGUCGUCCUUCGUGCUAAGGGCCAUGAUGAGCGGCCAGUACUGGCCCGAGGGCGACGAAGUCUACCACGCUGAGCUCACGGUGCCUGUCCUGCUUGUCCACGGCAUGCACGACAAGUUUGUGCCAGUGGAGGAAGACCAGCGCAUGGCGGAGAUCCUGCUCCUGGCCUUCCUGAAGCUUAUCGACGAAGGCAGCCACAUGGUGAUGCUGGAGUGCCCAGAGACGGUCAACACGCUGCUCCACGAGUUCCUGCUCUGGGAGCCGGAACCCUCGCCCAAGGCUCUGCCCGAGCCCCAGCCCGCGCCUCCAGAGGAGAAGAAGUAGCCGCCGGGCCGGCGGGGCAUCGCUUGGCGAGCAGAGCCGCAGGAAGAGCCAGAGCCUGCGCCGGUCCGCAGCGCGGACCACCUGGGCGGGCUGUUCGCUCCGGUGGGCGGGGUCAGUCAGGGAGACGCCCCCAGGCCGGCUGGGCGGGGCGUGGCAUCGGAGGGAGCCCGGAGACCCUUCCGCUCUCUGCUUGGGAGCCCAUCCGUGUUUCGGGCCGCGGCCAGGGCCCACGCGGAGGAUGACCUUGUACAGAAGCCCUCUUCCCCUCCCCAACGCCACACCGAGGCAGGUCCCCCACCCCGCUCUGUCUUCCGUGUCAGCCGUGCUUGAUCCUGGGACCCACAAGCCCCGCAGGGACCCUCGUGGGUCCGGUCCCUUUGCCCGAGACCCCACCCCACUCCUCGUUCCUUGGCGCUGGGAGCUGUUGUUGCCCAAGGGGGGAGGGAUUGGGAGAGGGGCUGGCGCCACCAAACCUGCACAUCUCAACUUGUAACUCAAUAAAAAGAAGUGACAAUCGGA